GACCAGCUGGCUGUAUGGCUGUACACAGAUGAGUGGCUCGAUGUGUGUUCAGGCAGUAGAUCUCUCAUCUCAGACAGAGCUUCUUCCAGCCUAUAAGGCUGUUACAGUGAAAAUCAGUGAACUUUUGUCUGUCUCUCAUCUCAUCAUUGACGCCUCAAACCCCAGUGGAACAGAGUUUGUAGUGGAGUGUGAGCUACAGAGAGAGGAGAGUUUGACUGUCUCAGUGCAGGUGCCUCAUGUGCUGUCCUUUGGUCUGACUGUUAGUGACAUCAGCAUUAACUCCUCUGGGCUGCUUCAUACACUACAGCUGCAAGACUUUCAUCAGGUCUAUCAAGCUUUCAGAAUAACAAUCACUAGUCACUGCAAAACCACUAAAGACCGACUGCCCAGUGUGUACAGACUGAGGGUACCUUGGUUUCGUGAAGACUCCUUUGAUACGGCAAGUAUUCCUUUGGUAUCUGACAUCUACAGCAUGCUUCACACCAGCCGCCCAGACAACGCCUCCAGUGCCCUCCUGCAGCUCCACACUGCCCCCAACUGCCAAUACAAGGUGUCUAUUCGGACUUCGUUCCCCAAAGUGCUUGGGCAGAUUCUGCGUUUCUGUGGUCCAGUUCUGCCUGUCUACUCAGCUGUAGUGCUUCUUCUGAUGAUCAGGGCUCAGCUGAGCUCCAUCAAAAGAUCUGGGCAUCCUGCUGGAAUCCAAGAGGGCAUGAGUAAAUCGUUACAGCUCCACAAACUGGAACUGCCCAUCCUCCUGCUGCUGCUGCUGCUCAGGCAGAGCUGGUUUCAGGAUGUCUGGUCCUCUCUGGGACUCCCUGCGGUGGAUUCUCUUCCUCUAAACUCUGUGGAGAACAUAUCCCAGGAUCCAAAGGCCUCUGUGCAGGAAUGGCCCCGUAUAGUGUCCCCACUGCUCUGUGUGCUAGGCUCAUCCAUUGCAUUUUGGGGUAGCACAGUCCUCAGAGUGUUUGUCUGCUUUCUGUCCUUUUUUCUUGCUCCACUGCACAGGUAAAAGUGUUAAUAGUAAGUGCUAUUGUAGUAGCUUUGU